GAAGCAGCAUCUAACGCUGCAGGCUACAGCCAAAGACACGUUUUGGUUCAAAAAGUAAGAGCUACUCUCACCUUUCACUACAUUUCUCAACCUAUAAAUACAUUUCUCUCUUCCCUCUUCUCUCAAACAUAUACUUCCUCUCAUUCAUAUAUACUCUCCACUCCCUCCAAUGGCUGCAUUUGCACAACUCCAUCUAAUGCUCUCAACCUUCUUUCUAAUGCUCUCUAUUUUGCCAUCCGCCUCCGCUUCUUUGAAGGUUGAUUUCUACAAAACCACGUGUCCUUCUGCGGAAGCAAUAGUCAGAAGCGCUGUGGAUAAAGCCGUUUCUCUCAACCCAGGCAUAGCUGCUGGUUUGAUCAGAAUGCAUUUUCAUGAUUGUUUUGUGAGGGGCUGUGAUGGUUCUGUGCUGUUGGAAUCCACACCGGGGAACCCAUCAGAGAGAGACCACCCUGCCAACAACCCAAGUCUACGAGGCUUCCAUGUCAUCGACGAAGCCAAGGCCCAAAUAGAGGCAGAGUGUCCACACAUCGUGUCCUGUGCAGACAUUCUCGCUUUUGCUGCUCGAGACAGCGCCAACAAAGUUGGAGGCAUAAACUACGCAGUGCCGGCUGGACGCAGAGAUGGUCGUGUCUCCAUCAGAGACGAAGCGUCACAACUGCCCCUUCCAACCCUCAACGCAGACCAACUCAUCGAUAACUUCCGACAAAAAGGGUUGUCUGCAGAUGAAAUGGUGACACUUUCUGGAGCCCAUUCUAUUGGUGUGUCACACUGUUCCUCCUUCUCCGACCGCUUGCACUCUUUCAAUGCCACCUUUCCUCAAGAUCCUUCCAUGGAUUCCAAAUAUGCUACGUCGUUGAAACCCAAGUGUCCACCGGGGAGCGAUAACACGGUGCCUCUGGAUGCCUCCACUCCUAACCGUUUGGACAACAAAUACUACACAGAGCUGAAGAACCACCGUGGUUUGCUUACCUCGGAUCAGACCUUGCUCGCCAGCCCCUCAACCAGGCCAAUGGUACUCACCAAUGCUAAAUAUUCUUCAGUCUGGGCUCGCAAGUUUGCUAAGGCAAUGGUCCAUAUGGGUUCCAUUGACGUCCUCACCGGUUCACAGGGCGAGAUCAGGACCCGUUGUUCCCUCGUCAAUUGACUCUGCACAUCCUUAUUCACCCGCUCUCCUAAUUUCACUCAAUUGUUCAUAUACCUCCAAAUAUCUAUUUCUUCAUUCUUUCCAUUCUUUCCCUUCUAUUAACUAACUCACCCUUGUUUGUAAUCUUCUCCCAAUUCAAUUCUAUUCUAUAUUUGUAACCCAUUCAAUUGAAAAUUAUUGUUUUAUUUUUUUUUCUUAAUUGCA